UUUACCACCACUCCUCUUGUUGUCCUUUCAUUUCUGCAAAUCUGAUAGAGCGUUUUUCCUCGUGGUCAUGGGAUUUCUCCCUUAUCAGUGUGUUUGCCUAUGCUACAGGCUAUAAACUGCUCGGUAACUCUGAAGAUUUGCUGAAGGGAAUUUUUGUGGACUUUAUUAUUACUGUCAAAUGUCAAUUUGAGGAUGAUUUUCAGAGAAACAGUUCCACUUAUGUGCUGGCUGAGACGUGUGAACAUGUAGGCAAUGUAGCAGUAAAUGUAGCCUGAGCUUUUUUAGCAGGUUUUUCCAAAGAAGUACUGUGUAAUGUUUCGGUGCUAAAGGGGAUGGCCAAAGUUGUGGGCGACUUUGACAAAAUCUGGCGCGAGCACUGUGAGGAUGAGCAGACGCUGAGUGAGUACGCCCUCGCCAUGAAGAAUCUUGCUGACAACCACUGGACCAAGAAUUGUGAAGGAGAGGGACGCAUUGAUUGGUGUCGCAGUGUCUGUCAAGAAUAUUUUUUGGAUGGUGGGAUGAAAAGAAUGUUAGAAAAGGAUGAGAAAAGUGCCACGCUUGCCAUGGGUCUGACAGCAGCAUCUGUAAGUGCCCAACCGUAUAGCACCAUGCCCAGUUCAAUCUCUCAGCUGGGGAAAAUGCGCCUUCUUGACGUGGGAAGCUGCUUCAACCCUUUCUUGAAGUUUGAUGAAUUCCUUACAGUUGGUAUUGACAUAGUGCCUGCAGUUGAGAGUGUGUACAAGUGUGACUUCCUCAACCUUCAGCUCCAGCAGCCUCUCCAGCUGGCAGGUGACGCGGUAGAGGCCUUCCUCCGCCAGCUCCACAACCCUAUCGACAGCCUGCCUGCCCAGCUUUUCCACGUGGUGGUCUUCUCCCUGCUCCUGUCCUACUUUCCCUCACCAUACCAGCGCUGGAUCUGCUGCAAGAAGGCCCAUGAGCUGCUGGAGCUGCACGGCCUGCUGCUCAUCAUCACACCCGACUCCUCCCACCAAAACCGCCAUGCCCUCAUGAUGCGCAGCUGGCGCGUCGCGGUGGAGUCACUGGGCUUCAAGCGCUACAAAUACGUCAAGUAUUCCCACAUGCAUCUCAUCGCCUUCCGUAAGGUGUGUCUUGCCACCACCAGUGACCUGGUGUCCCGCAACUACCCUGAGAUGCUCUACAUCCCUCAGGACUUCCACUCCAAUGAGGAGGAAGAGUGUGCCGACGUGCCCGUGCAGGUGCGCUCCGAGUUUGAGGAUGACCAGCUGGCUUGGGGCUUCACGGAGCUACCUGACACGCCCUAUGAUUCAGAUUCUGGGGAGAGCCAGAGCAGCUCAGUGCCUGGCUUCUAUGAGCUAGAAGACCCCAUCCUGCUUCAGAGCUAGGCUAAACCAGCUACCCCACCCCACUUUUCUCUACAUAACUGUAACCUCCCCUUCAACUGCUGCGCUGCCAAAUUUAACCUGCUGCAUUCUUCUCCCACUUCUCCUCCCUGUCCUCGAAACAAUGCAGUUUGCACAGUGUGAAAGACCGAAGUUUACAGAUUAUUUUCUCAUAUCCACACUCCUCUGAGAGCACACACAUACAUGCACACAUAGACGCAUACACACACACACACACACACACACUAAGAUGGAUAUAUUUUGAUAAAUGUCUAGGUUUUUUAAAAGUUGGAAAGUGAAUGCCCUUAAGAUAUCUAAACUCCCUGCUCAUUGAUUUCCAUCCCAUCUUCCAAUCAGCUCUCAAUAAUAAAAGUCAGCUUGUCUACAUUCUGUACUCAGUUUCUAUUUGAAUAAGCUAGAGUGGCAGGUGGCUUAGUACAAAAACGCAAAUACAGCAACCCGAGUGGUCUGACAGGAGUAUGAUUGCACUGGAGAGACUGAAAUGGAAUAACUGGACUGGUACGCUUGCUUAUGUUGCAAUCAUGCAGCUAGAUUUUCUGAAAAUUCUUGAUGUGCAUUUAGUUUUCCAAGACAAAAAAAAAGAAAGUUUGUUGUUUUGAAAUAUAUAUUCUCAACAGUCAAAACAUUGGUGUUGUCCAGUGUUACGUGUGGCAGUGCCCUUUUAACUUGGCAUCCUCUAAAUGAUUUGUGUAUCUUUUACAAGAAAGUGGUAUUUGUAGCAUUUUAAACAUUUUCAGAAACAUACAGUAGGUGUAUUACUAGGUUUACUAAUGUGAAACUGUAGCUGUGUUUACUCAUUGUGUAACAAGGUACGAGUGUUUCAAAGUAGGUAUUACACUUUUCUCCUCCUCCUCGUUGUCCUCACAAAUAUUAAUACAGAAUUAUCUCCUGAUAUAUUUCCAAUACAUUGUUGUUCCCAAUCAAAGAGAAGUAGUAUCAAACUGACUUUACAGCACCAGUAUCCUUUGACACAAUUUUGUAACUUUGUGAAAAUACAGUACUUUGCCUCCAAAAAGAUCCAGUUCUGAACUGCUCACAGUCAGAAAAUUCACCUCGACAGAAAGAUUUGCACUAAUUUUCUGUUUUGUCAUACAGAACCUCUGAAACGGGUGAGAAACUGAAGAUUUUAGCAAUAGCAAGGGAUUCCAGAUCUGAAGAUACUGUAUCCUACUGGGGGAGGUUUUAGCUAAAGACACUACCAGGUGAAAUGUUAGCGUGUGUUCCGGCCUGUCCCUGUGCAGGCUAAAUGUGUGGGUAUGGUUGGGUUUGUUAUUGUGAAUGGAGGAAUGAAUUUGUGUUGGUGUGUGUUUUGUCUGUGGCACUUUAUCAUUGAUCCCAAAGGGUGUCACAAAAUGUAAUUAUUUUCCUAUGAUGACGGUUUUACAACCAAUAUGAUGGGCCCAUAAUAAUACCAUUAAGUCGAAGGUGCCUUCUUUGUUCACAUUUGCUGUAUGUUGCGAGCAGACUUUCAUGCCCCUGGAGAAAACGAAACUCAUACCUUUUGUAACAAAACAAUAUCAAGCUUCUCUAGCCAAACAGUACAUACAAACCGUCUCCUUUUGUCAUAUUAAUGGUUAACAAGAAACAUUUCCAGUGUUGAUGUAAUGCGGUGUGUUGUUGCCAUAUCGUUUUCCAGUUAAUGCACAUCCCUCUGCUGAUAUCUCCUGUUUUCAUAGAAACAGUACCAGACAAAAUCAGACUUUGAAGAAGAGUGUUUUGUGAUUAAUUGGUGCAUUUGUCUUCCAGUCUUUCUUUGGUUCCAUUUGCAUGAGAUGGUUCAUCUACAUUAUCAGCAUUUUCAACAAUGCAGAACAACGUGUGCUUAUAGUAUGUUUGUAUUUCUCUUUUAUAAAUGAAUGUAAACGUAA